AUAACUUGUGUUCCUCAGGCACCUGGGAGGCUCAGAGGCUCUUUCAGAAGGAAGCCUUCGCUGAAGAAAGAACAAAAUGGCAAGAAAAAACUGCCCAGCUUUUUUGGUAUAGAAGGAGGGCAGGAGAGAGAUACGACCACAGACAAAAUCCUGCAGUAUAUUCCAGGAAAGAAUAUUCAGAACCAGGAAAACCAGAAAGAAAACUUGGACCAGAGGUUCCCCAGCCUGUUCAAGAAGGGACGAAGGAAAACAGUUGUCAGGAAUCUGGGGAAAAUGAUCUAUUACUCCAAGGUCAAGUUUAAGUUUCAGCACUGCCAGAGACUUCCUCGGGCUACUGCGUGGCGCAGGGACUUCUGCUGCCACGCGGUGGUUGGGUACCGGCUGGGACCCACGGGCUCCCAUCCCAUCGGGGACCGUUCUCAGCUGCUGGGCUGGCAGCAGAUCCACCAGCAGAGAUGCGAUAAACCCCAAAACGUGUCUUUUCUGCAGGAGGUGAAUGAUUGCUUCUUGGAGCUGUUCCAGUCUUACCUCUACUUCCAGUCUACGGGCUCCAAUGGACUCACCUACCAGGGACUGCUGCCUUUGAAAGAGCUGAAUGUGUGUGAAAUUGAGAACGGGAAGAGCACUGGGCAGGAGGAUCACGCUUUCCGCAUUGCAGGUCCUCUGCUGAAUCCCCUUAUCGUGUUCUGUCCUACUGAGUCAGAGCUGAAGCAGUGGCUUUAUCACCUGGAGAAACAGAUCCAGCUAAAUGGAGGAAGCCUUGGCUUGCCCUUCCUCUCUCAGGACGACUGGAAGCAGAGCUCCAUGGGGAAGGAGGAGCUGCGGUGGUCCGUGCAGAACAUGCCUGUCCAGGAGUGGAGAGGGACCCAACGGGAAUCCCUAGGCGAUGUCCUCUGUGUUUCCAAAGUGAAGCUUCAGCAUCUGCCUUUCCAGGAGCAGCACGACCGGCUGUUGGUGCUUUACCCGUCCACGCUGGUGAUAGUAUCUGAAGAGCGCAACAGCCUCUGUUUUAAGGGCGAGCUGCCACUCAACGCCAUCCAAGUGCUUUUUGAAGAGAACGAGAAAACCUACUUUGUUUUUACAGGCCGCCUAAUCAAUUCGAUCCGGGUGAUCUGCCGCAGCUAUGAUGAUUACCAGGAGUGGCUCUACUGUCUCAAAACAGCCCAGUUUCGAAACGCCGACUCCUCCCUCUCCGGAUCAGAGAGUUUCUCGGGAUCAAAGCCACACCCCGGCCAG